UACCGAUGGGGACCUACGUCCAGUUGGAAGUGGACCUGGUGCAGACGGUCUGCAGGAAGCACCAGUGGAGGAGCCAGAAUUGCCAGAUCAAAGCGGGCGGGAGGAGGCAGAAAUGCCUGGCCUGCUUCAAGUUUGACGACAACAAUCCCGGAACGCUGCUGAACAAAUCCCUCCGAUGUUUAUCCGAGCAGAAUCCCCUUUUCCAGGAGGCGAGGCGGCGGCAAGAAGCCGAGUGCCAGGCCAUCAAGGCGACCAACGAGGACCGCUACCUUCCCGGGAAGUUCGCCUUUUCCGUGGGGCUCCCUUCCUGACCCUCCCCGGCGGAGGCCGGCCAGAGUUGCACGGACCCAGCCGACCGGCAUCCAUGCGGAGACCCGGGCAUCGGCCCCCUCGGAGGGAAGGGCCACAUCCCGACGCAUCACCCCCCCACCCGUCCGAUCUCUCUCGGUCCCCCCAAUAAAAUUGCAAGCCGAGUUUUC